GCGUCAGCCUGCCGUGCGCCGAGAGCACCAUCCAUCCGGGCCUUUGACCCGGCGUCGUCAAGCUCAAGCCUCAGCCUUUGCCAAGCCAAGCCCAUCAUCCAUAGCACGCCACGCCGGCUGACAAGAGCUCGGCCGCCGGUGGGGUGGACGGCCGGAUUCCAUAUGCUCAUUCCCUCCUCCACCACCGCCUCCCACCUUUUAUUCCCACGUCCCGCUCGCCGCCACCACGACGCACCCGCACCCGCCGCCACCAUGCCUCCCCUCCACCCCGUCCUCCUCCUCCUCCUCUUCCUCCUCCCGCCCGCCGCCUCCGCCUCGCCGGAGCGGGACGCGUACGCGCUGGCCCGCCUCAAGGCGGCGCUAGUCCCCACCGCCUUCCACUCCAACUCCUCCCCCGCGCCGCUCGCCGACUGGGACCCGGCCGCGGUCCCGCCCGCGCACUGCGCUUUCUUGGGCGUCGCCUGCGACCCCGCCACGUCCCGCGUCGUCGCCAUCAACCUCACGGCCGUGCCGCUCCACGGGGGCUCGCUCCCGCCCGAGCUCGCGCUGCUCGACGCGCUCGCCAACCUCACCGUCGCCGCCUGCUCGCUCCCCGGCGGCGUCCCGCCGGCGCUCGCGUCCAUGCCCGCGCUGCGCCACCUCAACCUCUCCAACAACAACCUCACCGGCCCGUUCCCGCCGCCGCCCGCCGCCGGCGCCAGCGAGCCCUACUUCCCCGUGCUCGAGCUCGUCGACGUGUACAACAACAACCUCUCCGGCCCGCUGCCGCCGUUCGGGGCAAGCCACGCCCGCCUCCGCUUCCUCCACCUCGGCGGGAACUACUUCAACGGCUCCAUCCCGGACUCCUUCGGCGACCUCGCCGCGCUCGAGUACCUCGGCCUCAACGGCAACUGGCUCUCCGGCCGCGUGCCGCCCGUGCUCGCGCGCCUCACCCGCCUGCGCGAGAUGUACAUCGGCUACUUCAACCAGUACACCGGCGGCGUCCCGCCCGAGUUCGGCGACCUCCGCUCGCUCGUCCGCCUCGACAUGAGCAGCUGCAACCUCACGGGCCCCGUCCCGCCCGAGCUCGCGCGCCUCACCCAGCUCGACACGCUCUUCCUCUCCAUCAACCAGCUCACCGGGGAGAUACCGCCGCAGCUCGGCGGCCUCGCCAACCUCCAGUCGCUCGACCUCUCCAUCAACGAACUCACCGGCGAGAUACCCCCCAGCUUCGCCAACCUCGCCGGCAGCCUCAAGCUCCUCAACCUCUUCCGGAACCACCUCCGCGGCGAGAUACCCGAGUUCCUCGGCGACUUCCCGCACCUCGAGGUGCUGCAGGUCUGGGACAACAACCUCACCGGCCACCUCCCGGCCGCGCUCGGGAGGAACGGCCGCCUCAAGAACCUGGACGUCACCGGCAACCACCUCACCGGCACCAUACCGCCGGACCUCUGCCUAGGGCGGAAGCUGGAGAUGCUCGUGCUCAUGGAGAACGGCUUCUUCGGCCACAUUCCCGAGGCGCUCGGCGACUGCAAGACGCUCAAGCGCGUUCGCCUUGGAAAGAACUUCCUCACGGGGCCCGUGCCGGCUGGGCUCUUUGACCUCCCCAAGGCGGACAUGGUGGAGCUCUCCGACAACCUGCUCACCGGCGAGCUCCCGGACCUGAUCGGCGGCGACAAGAUAACCAUGCUGAUGCUGGGGAACAAUGGGAUCGGUGGCCGCAUUCCUCCAUCCAUCGGCAACCUCCAAGCGCUGCAGACGCUGUCGCUGGAGUCGAACAACUUCUCCGGGCCCUUGCCGCCGGAGAUCGGCAAGCUCAGGAACCUCACCAGGCUCAACGUCAGCGGCAACGCGCUCACCGGAGACAUCCCGCAGGAGCUCACGGGCUGCGGCUCCCUCGGCGCCAUCGACCUCAGCCGGAACGACCUCACCGGCGAGAUACCGGACGCCAUCACGUCGCUCAAGAUCCUGUGCACGCUGAACGUGUCCAGGAACAGGCUGUCCGGCGAGCUCCCGCCGGCUAUGCCCAACAUGACGAGCCUCACCACGCUGGACGUGUCCUACAACCAGCUGUCCGGCCCCGUGCCGAUGCAGGGCCAGUUCCUGGUGUUCAACGAGAGCUCGUUCGUCGGCAACCCCGGCCUGUGCGGCGCGCCUUUCGCCGCCGCCGCCUGCCCUCCUGCCGCCGGCCCGGGCUCGCCGUUCUCCCUGCGGCGGUGGGACCCCAAGAAGAUGCUGGUGUGGCUCGUCGUCAUGCUCGCCCUCCUGAUCAUGGCCUUCUUCGGCGCGAGGAAGGGGUGCGCGGCGUGGUGGGAGGCGGCGCGGCGGCGGUCGGGCGCGUGGAAGAUGACGGCGUUCCAGAAUCUGGACUUCUCGGCGGACGACGCGGUGGAGUGCCUCAAGGAGGACAACAUCAUCGGCAAGGGCGGCGCGGGGAUCGUGUACCACGGCGUGACGCCCGGCGGCACGGAGCUGGCGAUCAAGCGGCUCGUCGGGCGGGGCGGCGGCGACCACGACCGCGGGUUCACGGCGGAGGUGACCACGCUGGGGCGCAUCCGGCACCGCAACAUCGUGCGGCUGCUGGGCUUCGUCUCCAACAGGGAGACCAACCUGCUGCUGUACGAGUACAUGCCCAACGGGUCACUCGGCGAGAUGCUGCACGGCGGCAAGGGCGGCCACCUCGGGUGGGAGGCGAGGGCGCGCGUGGCGGCGGAGGCGGCGUGCGGCCUCUGCUACCUCCACCACGACUGCGCGCCGAGGAUCAUCCACCGCGACGUCAAGUCCAACAACAUCCUGCUCGACUCCGCCUUCGAGGCGCACGUCGCCGACUUCGGCCUCGCCAAGUUCCUUGGCGGCGGCGGCGGCGGCGCCACCUCCGAGUGCAUGUCUGCCAUCGCCGGCUCCUACGGCUACAUCGCGCCAGAGUACGCGUACACCCUCCGCGUGGACGAGAAGAGCGACGUGUACAGCUUCGGCGUGGUGCUGCUGGAGCUGAUCACGGGGCGGCGCCCCGUGGGCAGCUUCGGCGACGGCGUGGACAUCGUGCACUGGGUCCGGAAGGUGACCGCCGAGCUCCCGGCCCCGUCGGACGACGCCGCGGCGGUGCUGGCGGUGGCGGACCGCCGGCUGGCCCCGGAGCCGGUGCCGCUGCUGGUGGACCUGUACAAGGUGGCCAUGGCGUGCGUGGAGGAGGCCAGCACGGCCCGGCCCACCAUGCGCGAGGUCGUCCACAUGCUCUCCAACUCCGCCGCGGCCCAGCCCAACGAUCUCCAAGCCUUGUGAAUUGUGGCCCAUUUUGGCUGGUGCUUGUGAUGGAUGUGUAGAAUAACAACCACCAGCAGAUGAAUGGCUGCCUACUCGUCCUACUCGUCCUGGAAGAAGGCGAAGGUUAGCGUUCUUGUCAGAAUGGCAUUGGUCAUCGCAUGGCUGAAUGGAUAUGUGCAUAUAGUAAAGUUGAAGUUGAAAUAUCUCCUCCAUGAUCAAACAUAUGCCAUGCAUCUCUCUC